CAUCGCCGUCUGAGUAGUAACCUCAAAGGGCCAGCAGCCAUGGCAAGAAUAAAGGUUCAUGAGUUGAGGAACAAGUCGAAGACAGACCUUUUGGCUCAGUUGAAGGAUCUGAAGGCGGAGCUUGCUCUUCUCCAUGUUGCAAAGGUCACCAGUGGUGCUCCUAACAAGCUAUCCAAAAUCAAGGUGGUAAGGUUGUCAAUUGCACAAGUUUUGACUGUCAUCUCACGGAAGCAAAAGUCAGCUCUUAGAGAAGUUUACAAGAACAAGAAGUACUUGCCUCUUACGAAAAGUUUGGCUAGAUCUGGUUGUGCGGUGGCCAGAUCUAAUUGUGCGGUGGCUUAG